AUACGUCCCAAUCACCUUUUCUUUUGAGUUUCCUAAAUGAAGUCGGUUAAUGUUCUUACACUAUACAGUUUCAUUCAUACUGAUUUUCUGAGAAACAUAAAAAAGUGAUUAGAGUGACCAAAUAUGGCUCCAAUAACAAGAAGAGCAGCAUUACCAAAAUUUUUUAUUGAUUCAGAUAAUAAUUCUGAAGAAAGUUCUUCUGAUGAAGAAGUUGAAGAUGAAGAAAAUGGUGUUGUUGAAAGUGAAGAAGAUGAUGGAGAAGAAGUAGAAGAACAAGAAAAGGAACAAAAUGUUGAAGGGAUUAACAAGAAAGAGAAAAAACCCAUCACUAUUUCUCUUAAAAAAGUUUGUAAAGUAUGCAAAAAGGCAGGACAUCAAGCUGGUUUUCAAGGGGCUACAUAUAUUGAUUGUCCUAUGAAGCCUUGUUUUCUCUGUAAAAUGCCUGGCCAUACAACGAUGACAUGUCCUCACCGUAUAGCUACCGAGCAUGGCGUCGCUCCUACACCACGCAAAAGCACUCGUCACUCAGUGGACUUUGUAUUUGCACGCCAGCUUAGGCCACGUGUUCCUGCUAUCAAGCCUGGGUAUCUGAUCCCAGAUCAAGUGACACGCGCAGUUAUCAGAUACCAUAGUAGACGAGUUACGUGCUUGGAGUUUCAUCCUACCAAUAAUAACAUUCUUUUAUCUGGGGAUAAGAAAGGACAACUUGGAGUCUGGGACUAUGACAAAGUAUAUGAAAAGAGAGUCUAUACAAAUAUUCACUCUUGCUUACUCAACACUAUGAGAUUUAGUUCAGUCAAUGAUGGAACUAUUUUCGGUGCAUCCUCUGAUGGAACUAUAAGUUGCACGGACUUGGAAACUGGAAUCUCAGAAUCAUUGAUGGACCUUAAUCCUAAUGGAUGGCAGGGUCCAAGCAGUUGGAGGAUGCUUUAUGGCUUAGACAUCCAUUUAGAGAAGGGGCUUGUUCUAGUUGCUGAUAACUUCGGAUUUCUGUACAUGUUGGAUACGCGAACCAAAAGUAAAACAGGGGAGGCUGUUUUGAUUCAUAAAAAGGGCAGCAAAGUUGUUGGGUUGCAGUGUAAUCCUGUGCAACCAGAUCUUCUCUUGAGUUGCGGAAACGAUCACUUCGCUCGUUUAUGGGAUGUCCGCCGAUUAGAAGUUGGAUCAUCUCUUGCUAAUCUUGCUCAUCGUCGAGUUGUUAAUUCUGCUUGUUUUUCCCCACAUACUGGGAGCAAAAUUCUCACUACUUCACAAGACAAUCGUAUUCGUGUUUGGGAUUCUAUUUUUGCCAAUAUGGAGACACCUAGUCGUGAAAUUGUUCACAGUCAUGAUUUCAACCGCCAUUUGACUGCUUUCCGAGCUGAAUGGGAUCCCAAGGAUUCCACAGAGUCUCUUGCUGUCAUUGGUCGUUACAUCAGUGAGAACUACAAUGGCGUAGCUCUGCAUCCGAUUGAUUUUAUAGAUGUGAGCACUGGACAAUUAGUUGCAGAGGUGAUUGAUCCGAAUAUCACAACCAUCAGUCCUGUGAAUAAACUACAUCCUAGAGAUGAUGUUCUUGCAUCUGGUAGUUCAAGGUCUUUAUUCAUCUGGAGGCCCAAGGAUAAAUCUGAGGAUGAGCAAGAGAAGGACGAAAAGAGAACAAUCAUAUUCUGUGGAAAGAAUGACAAGAAAUUGAAUAAGAAGCUUGGUGGUGAAAGUGAUGAAUCUGAUGACGAAAUGUUCAAAUCUAAGGCCAAGAUGUCAAAGAACAAGUCGCCUGGCUCGAGAAAAGUAAAAAGGUGACGUUACUACACUAAUCAUCCUUAAGGGUGUUUUUGAGGUGCCAAGUGAAUCAUGAGUAUAUAUUUAUAUGCGUAGCGUGAUCAAGAUCAGACUUCCUCUGCAUAAACCUUUUCAAUGGCACUGGUUUUUGAGUUACCAUUUUUAGUCCUGAAACACAGGCAUGUAGGACAAUGUAUGUACUUUAGUUAACUGUUUUGAGUAUAUUGCUUGCUAUAAGCAGUCUCAUCAUUUUGCCUAUAAGAUGGGUUGCAACUUGCAAGGGCUAAGAACUGUUACUGUAUAGAAACUAUGUAUUUGAAAACUUUCUGUAUUUGAAUCAUAUGUGGUUCAUUUGUUGGUAGUAGAGGUGUUCAUUCGGUUGAUCGGGUCGGUUUCGGACGGGUGUUAUUCGGUUCGGUUGCAUUUCGUAUCGGUUAUUUUUCGGCUGUGUGUUACAACGGGUCACACUCGGGUCGAGUCGGUUAGAGAUCGGUUAUGCAAGCUAUCUGGUUAGCAUCAGUUCGGUAUCGGUUGAAGUUCGUGUCGAGUGUCAAUCGGUCUCGGGUUGUCAUCGAUUACUAAUUGGUUCGGUUUUUUCGAGUACAGAUCGGGUUCGAGCUUUAUUUUUCGAGUAGUUAUCGGUUACGGAUAACUAUUGAUUGGGUCAAUAUCGAAAUAAGUUAAUAGUCAGGUUUUUAAUUGGUGUAUGCUCAUUUACUUACAAAAAAUAAUUACCGAUUGUUUUAUCAGAAAUAGCAGAUAGGGGUGUCAAACAAGUCGAGUU